GCAGUUGCAGGCGACUGGACUCACCGGGCCGGGGGCUGGGGUGGGACCCGGCGGGCGCCAUGGAGCUGCUCUCGGCGCUGAGCCUGGGCGAGCUUGCGCUCAGCUUCUCGCGGGUGCCCCUCUUUCCUGUCUUCGAUCUUAGCUACUUCAUCGUCUCCAUUCUCUACCUCAAGUAUGAGCCAGGAGCAGUCGAGCUGUCCCGGCGCCACCCCAUGGCAUCCUGGCUGUGUGCCAUGCUGCAUUGCUUCGGGAGUUACAUCCUGGCUGAUCUGCUCCUCGGAGAGCCCCCGGUCGAUUACUUCAGCAACAACUCCAGCAUCCUGCUGGCCUCAGCCGUCUGGUACUUGAUUUUCUUCUGCCCCUUGGACCUCUUUUACAAGUGUGUCUGCUUCCUGCCGGUGAAACUCAUCUUCGUGGCCAUGAAGGAGGUGGUGAGAGUCCGCAAGAUCGCCGUGGGCAUCCAUCACGCACAUCACCACUACCACCACGGGUGGUUCGUCAUGAUCGCCACUGGCUGGGUCAAAGGCUCUGGUGUCGCCCUCAUGUCCAACUUUGAGCAGCUGCUCCGAGGGGUCUGGAAGCCAGAGACCAACGAGAUUCUGCACAUGUCCUUCCCCACCAAGGCCAGCCUGUACGGAGCCAUCCUCUUUACCCUCCAGCAGACCCGCUGGCUCCCAGUGUCCAAAGCCAGCCUCAUCUUCAUCUUCACCAUGUUCAUGGUAUCCUGUAAGGUGUUCCUGAUGGCCACUCACUCCCACAGUUCCCCUUUUGAUGUUCUGGAAGGCUACAUCUGCCCUGUGCUGUUUGGGUCGGCCUGGGGGAGCGACCAUCACCAUGACAACCACGGUGGAUCCCAGGGCGGCACUGGGCCUGGCCCCUCGCACUCAGCCCUGCCCACCAAGUCCAAGGAGGAGCUGAGUGAGGGCUCCAGGAAGAAAAAAACCAAGAAGGCAGAUUAGAGGGCAGCCCUGGGGGCAUUCAGGGCACCAAGGAGAGGACCCAGACCCAGGACCUGGGCUCAGUUCUCCCCUCUCCAGGCCUCUACUUCGCCAUCUACAAAUUGGAGCCAUUAGCCCCCCCCUCCAGGGCUGAUGCGGGGGUUAAAUGAGAUAUGGGGGUGAAGGGCAUUUGUAGGAAUGGGGGGGUCCCUUUCUCUUUCUGCCAGGUCCCCAUAGAGUUACAGCUUUUGGAGGGGGGGAGUUCACAGAAUCCCAGCAGCAGCUCCAGCCGGAAACCCUGGCCGUUAUGUUCUUGGUUCUAUUAUUUCCUCUCUAAAAUUACACCUUGACUCCAAAAGAAUUUCAAGCCAUGUUGAGGCUCAUUCAUUUGACGGACAUUAUACUAAGUGUCUGCUGUAAGGUAGCUGCUGUGAUUUCCACGUCUCUUCUUGCCGACUUCUCCUGGGCAUCCCUGGGCAAGUUGCCUCCUGCUCUGAGCCUUGCGUGCCCAAUCUAUAUAGUGGCUCCUCACCCCAUUCUGUAUGCAGGGGCUGAUGUGAGGCUGGACGUGAACCAGAUUUCUAAGCUCAGAAGCACAAUGCAGUUAGGAGGGGAAGCCUUGGUGGAUGUUCAUUGUGCGUAAAAAUGGCUUUGCAUUUUAGAUCUUUUGUGUUUGUGGACUGGAGAACCCCACAAGUUACUUGGCACAAAGGAGGCCUUCAGGAGACAUGUCUAAGCCAGACUUGAGAGCAUGGAGGGUGGGGAAGGCUUGUUCUGAUCCUUGGCUUCAGGUUGUUCCUAAACCAAAGAAAUGCAGCUGGCUGGUCAGGGGUUCCAAGAUCUGGCUCUGUCCAGGGGCUCCAAGAAUUCACUGUUGGACCUGGGAAGCUCCAUGAGACCUCCCUCAUGCUGUCAUCCUUCAUUGCCGCUCACUGAGUCAUUCAACAAACACAUGCCUACUAUGUGCCAAACCUUGUGCUGCUGCUAGACAGGCUGGGAACUUGAUUCAGGGUGUGUGAGGGGGAUGGGAGCUGAGCGUCCCUCCUGGCCAUCUUCAUCUCAGCCUAGGUCACCAGGACAUCUGAGAGGGGUAGGUGGGUUGGGCAUGGCCAGUCUCAGAUGGGGUUGGGGCCCAGACCAGGCCAGCUUGGGACUGCCCUUUGUACACGGAUGCUCAGAGCAUGCUCAGGGCAUCAGCCUGCAGCUGUGUCAGAGUGGUGUGGGAUUGUUGGGGUUCCAGGUGUUGCCCAGCUCUUGGGAAAGUGCCUUGAUCUGGUGAGGCCUGGGAGCUAGGUGGGUCCUGAGGCUGUAGGGCCCCCAAAUUCCUCCUUUUGCAUGUCCAUCAAGGCUCAGCCUGAAGGGUCAGCAAAUAAAUUUGUUGUGAAAGAA